AUGGCUCCUCAUGUGGGGUUCGACAGCGAACAGAUAAGAGACAAGGCUCGCAAGGACCUUCUCUAUCUCCUAGAGGGCGUCCGCGGAAAGAAGAACCUCGUCAUCGAGCGCAGCCUCGCCGGCCCCAUAGGAAUUAUCGCCAAGGUCUCGACACUGCAGGACUAUGGCGUCGACAAGUUCUUUUUACUAGAGAACGACAACGCCGACACGAGCCAGCGUAAUGUCGUCUUCGUGGCGCGAGGCGAGUGCGCGCGUCACGCCCAGUCAAUUGCAGAACAGGUCAAGCGACUGCAACGUGAGAGUCAAACCGGCCACGAAUUUCACAUCUUCUGGGUCCCCCGCCGAACCUUGGUGUCCGACAAGCUGCUGGAAGAAGCCGGCGUACUGGGUGAUGUGAAUAUUGCCGAGCUUCCCGUCUACUUCUUCCCACUUGAGCGAGACGUACUAUCGCUAGAACUCGAUGACUCCUUCCGUGACCUUUUCCUCUUCAAAGACACGACGCCCGCGUUCCUCAUGGCCAAAGCCCUGAUGGGCAUUCAGUCGAAACAAGGGCUCUUCCCUCGCAUCAUAGGAAAAGGCGACAACGCGAAGCGCGUAUCGGAGUCGCUUGCACGGAUGCGACAGGAGGUUCUGGCUGGUGAGGACGCCAGUGAGUCUGCCAAGACUGGCCUCACGCCGAGCAACACGAUAGAGAGCGUUAUCAUCAUCGACAGAGAAGUCGACUUCGUUACGCCUUUGCUUACACAGCUGACUUAUGAGGGACUGAUUGACGAGGUCUGGGGCAUUCAUAACAACCAGACCGACGUCGAUUCGACCAUCGUUGGAGCGCCAUCACAGCCUGCGUCACAGGGCGCAUCGAACACUCCCGCGACCAGUACGACGUCGCGAAAGCGCAAGAUUCAACUCGACUCGACGGACAAGCUUUACGACGGACUCCGUGACACAAACUUUGCAAUUGUCGGGACUUUGUUGAACAAAGUUGCGCGCAGGUUACAAAACGAUUACGAUAGCCGGCACGGAACGAAAACAACGGCCGAACUCAAGGAUUUCGUGAAGAAGUUGCCUGGCUACCAGGCCGAGCAACAAAGCUUGAAGAUUCACACGGGCCUCGCCGAAGAGAUUAUGAAACAUACCCGAACUGAUCAGUUCAGUCGCUUACUGGAAGUACAACAAAACCUCGCCGCUGGUGCCGAUCCAAGCUCCCAGUUUGACUCGAUUGAGGAGCUCAUAGCGAGAGACACACCACUGCCUGAAAUCCUGCGGCUGUUAUGCAUAUACUCGUGCAUAUCGGGGGGUAUCAAGUCGAGAGAUUUUGACCAGUUCAAAAGGCUGGUACUGCAAGGCUACGGUUACCAGCACAUGUUGACCUUACACAACCUGGAGAAGCUCCAAUUAUUCCUAUCAAAAAGUUCACCAAUGGCCAACAUGAUUCCUAUGCCAGGAGCGGGGACCGCGGUGGGCACCAAAACCAACUACACGUACCUACGCAAGCAGCUGCGCUUGAUCGUCGACGAGGUGAACGAGCAUGACCCCAACGACAUCGCCUACGUUUACAGCGGGUAUGCGCCACUCUCUAUCCGGCUUGUGCAAUGCAUCCUGCAGAAGCAGUACCUCCUCUCGGUCACACGUGGCAAUGGCGUAGGCGGCGCAGGCACAAUAAGCGGCAGUGGUACGCAAGGAUGGCGGGGAUUCGACGAGGCUGUCAAACAUGCGCGCGGCCCAGCCAUUGACGAGUUGCAGAAGGGCGAGGACAAGGCGGUGAAGGCCAGGGCUCUUUUAUCUGGAGGCGGGGACAAGAAGACGGUAUUCGUGGUAUUCGUGGGAGGGAUCACCUUCACUGAGAUCGCAGCAUUGCGAUUCAUAGCAAAGAAAGAAGAAGCUCGGAGGAAUAUAGUCAUCUGCACGACAUCAAUCAUUAGCGGGGACAAGAUGAUGGAUGCCGCAGUGGAAAGGAAUUCAUUUGCAAAAGAAGCACCCAAGCCGGCCGCGGCAGCAUCUUGA